AUGGGACAGACAGUGACUACCCCCUUAAGCCUGACCCUAAGCCACUGGAGCGACGUCCGGGACCGGGCAAACAACCAGUCGGUGGAAAUAUGGAAAAAGAAAUGGGUCACCUUCUGUUCCUCCGAAUGGCCCACUUUCAAUGUAGGAUGGCCACGCGAUGGCACCUUUAACCUCGAUAUUAUUUCUCAGGAGGAAGCCAAAGUUUUCAGCCCCGGGCCCCAUGGACACCCCGAUCAGGUGCCCUACAUUGUCACCUGGAGGGCUCUAGCUUCAGACCCCCCACUUUGGAUCCAGCCCUUUGUUCCCCUUCCUAAACCCUGCUCUUCCCCUAUCACCCCCACCACCCCGCCUCCCCUAAGAGAGCAAUUGUCCCAUCUCCAACCCACUCCUCCUCCACCUACUCCUACUUCCUCUUCUCUUUACCCCGCCCUCACCCCGCUCCAAGAUAAGUCCCCAAAACCCCCCAAGCCUGCUCCCGUUUUGCCUCCAGACACGGGGUCCCCUCUUAUCGACCUGUUAACAGAAGAACCUCCUCCAUACCCAGAGGCUGCAACAGAAGAGCGAGAGCCUAGUUCUCUGGCGUCACCCAUUGUGGGGCGACUUAGGGAUCGACGUGUGCAGCCUCCAAGCCAAGCCUCCCAGGCUUUCCCCUUGAGGGAGGGUCCAAAUGGUCAGCCACAGUAUUGGCCCUUUACCGCUUCUGACCUUUAUAACUGGAAGCAACAUAACCCCCCCUUCUCUAAGGACCCCGUCGCCCUGACUAACUUGAUUGAAUCUAUUCUAGUUACCCAUCAAACCACUUGGGAUGAUUGUCAACAGCUGUUGCAGACUCUGCUGACCUCGGAGGAAAAGCAGAGAGUCCUCCUGGAAGCCCGAAAGAACGUACCGGGCGAUGAUGGGCGACCAACCCAGUUGCCCAAUGAGAUCGACACAGCCUUUCCCUUAACCCGCCCAAAUUGGGAUUUCGCCACACCUGCAGGUAGGGAGCACCUACGUCUCUAUCGCCAGUUGCUCAUAGCGGGUCUCUGAGCAUCCGCGAGACGGCCCACUAAUUUGGCUCAGGUUAAGCAAGUAAUACAGGGGAAGGAAGAAACACCUUCUGCCUUUCUAGAAAGACUUAAGGAGGCUUAUAGAAUGUACACCCCGUAUGACCCUGAUGAUGAAGGGCAAGCAACUAGUGUAUCGAUGUCCUUUAUCUGGCAGUCAAGCCCUGACAUUAGGAGCAAAUUACAGAGAUUAGAAGGGCUACAGGGGUAUACGCUGUCUGACUUAUUAAAAGAGGCAGAAAAGGUGUUCAAUAAGAGAGAAACUCCAGAAGAGAAAGAGGAGAGAAUGUGGUUAAGAAUGAAAGAGGCACAGGACGAGAGAGACAAGAAGCGGAGCAAGGAAUUGACUAAGGUAUUGGCCACCGUAGUUACUCAGGGACAGAACAGAGAGGAAGUCAGACUGGGAGAGCGAAAACGAAGAGGGACCAAACUAGACAAAGACCAGUGUGCCUAUUGGAAGUCGGGGCCAGGAGCCCCCCCUGAGCCCAGGAUAACUUUAAGCGUCGGGGGGCAGCCAGUUACCUUCCUAGUAGACACCGGGGCCCAGCAUUCAGUCCUAACCCAGACUCUAGGACCACUCAGCAACCGAACUGCUUGGGUACAAGGAGCAACUGGAGGAAAGAACUAUCGGUGGACCACGGAACGCAGGGUCCAGCUGGCUACCGGUAAGGUGACGCAUUCAUUUUUACACGUACCCGAUUGCCCCUACCCGUUACUGGGAAGAGACCUUCUAACCAAGCUAAAGGCCCAAAUCCACUUCAACCCGGAAGGGGCGGUGAUAACAGGCCCCAACGGGGGACCCUUACAGGUACUAACCCUCCAUUUGGAGGAAUAUAGACUAUAUGAACCUGAACAACCCUCAGAGGUCCAAAAUGGAGCCUGGCUAAAAGAAUUCCCUACAGCCUGGGCGGAAACGGGGGGCAUGGGAAUGGCUCAUCAACAACCCCCUCUCUUAAUCCAACUCAAGGCAACAGCCACCCCAGUGUCGAUAAAGCAGUACCCAAUGUCUCACGAAGCCCGCCAAGGCAUAAGGCCCCAUAUUAAGAGACUUCUCGAUCAAGGAAUCCUAAUUCCCUGCCGGUCACCUUGGAAUACACCUCUCUUACCAGUAAAAAAACCCGGCACAGGAGAUUACCGGCCAGUACAGGAUCUGAGAGAAGUUAACAAAAGAGUUGAGGACAUACAUCCCUCCGUGCCCAAUCCAUAUAAUCUACUGAGCACCCUGCCCCCCUCCCAUGGAUGUUAUAUGGUGCUAGAUUUGAAAGAUGCCUUUUUCUGUUUAAGACUACAUCCAGUGAGCCAACCACUCUUCGCCUUUGAGUGGAGGGACCCAGAUCUUGGGAUCUCAGGACAGUUAACUUGGACCCGGCUUCCCCAGGGUUUCAAGAACAGUCCCACUCUGUUUGACGAGGCGCUGCACAGAGACUUAGCUGAUUUCCGGGUGCAGCAUCCCUCCCUGGUACUUCUUCAAUAUGUCGAUGAUCUCCUCUUGGCUGCUAACACCAAGGAAAACUGCCUGAACGGCACUAAAGCCCUCUUACGGGCACUGGGACAGUUAGGGUAA